GCUGUGUGACUGCUGUGCCGCGUGUUGUGGCCGUGUUGUGCUGUGCCAUGUGUUGUGGCCCGUUUGUGUCGUGCCACACGUCUGGGCUUGUACGCUCUGCCGCUCGCUGCGAGUGUUGCUGCUCCGCGGGUCGCGCCACACUCCCAGAAUAGCCUCCGUGUGCGCGCGUGCGCGCGUGCGUGCGUGCGUCGGCUUCUAUUUGCGACAGCAGCAGCUGCUGCCUUGACCCCCCCCAGCCUUGGGCCCCCCAACUCUGCCUCACGGCCUCCACUGCCGAGCGGAACUCCGGGCCUGCGGCCGCGAGUUUGCACCAUGGCCGGGUUUCCCCUCCUCGCCGCGCUGGCCACAGUUCUGGUGGCUUGCAGCCUGCCGAGCGGAGCCGCGGGCGACCAGAACGUCUACCUGUCACCGGACACCCUCUUUGUGCACUUCCUCAACCGCGAGUACUUCGCCGAGUUCUUCCAGGGACGCCGAGAUGACCCCAUGACCUUUAACUUGAACUUGGAGGGUCACCCCGACCUGCCCGGCUGGCUGCGCUACUUGCAGAGGUCACCGUACGAGAACGGGCUCCUGUACGGCACAGCCAGCGCACGGCACGAAGGCAAGAGCGUGAUCCAGGUGGUUGUCUGUAACCGCCGCACGUUCCAAGUGGUGAAGCAACGACUCAUACUCCACAUCCAUGCAGUGCCAGACAACGAUGUGCCGUUCCGCUUCGAGCUGUUCCUCUCCAACGUGGACGUGGACGAGCUGCUGCGCCCGGACGUGAGGGCCAGCUUCGAGGAGCUGGCCCGCACUGCCUGGGGGACCCAGCCACCCCCCCAAGCCUUCCGCCUCGUCAACGUCACGUCGGCACUGGAGAGGGGGGGCCGCGUGCCCCUCCCCAUCCGGGGCCUCAAGGAGGGCGUGUACGUCCAGGUGGGCGCGGACGCCGCGUCCCCGCGCCUGCUCGACGCCGUGCGCCGGGCCGCCUCCUCGUGCGACCAGCGCCAUGCGCCCGCGCCGCCCACUCACAGCAUCUUCUACCCGCGCUUCCGCAGCGACUGGUGCCGGCUCCGGCUGCUGAACGCGUCGGGGCCCUCGGAGGCCGGGGACGAGGCCCCGGGAGGCAGCGCGGUCCUCGACGCAUGGGGCCCGGCGUGGGCGCCGCCCCCGUCGGACCUGCCGCCGCGCGACUUCUCGGCCGCGUACGCCUUGGCCGUCGCGUUGCCGCUGGUUCUCGCGGUCCUUUUCAUCGCCGUCCUCACCUACGUCAUGUGCUGCCGCCGCGAGGGCCUGGAGAAGAGAGACACAGCUACUCCUGAGAUGCAGCUGGUGCACCACCGCUCGAUCCGCGAGACGGUGCGAGAGCUGCGCGAUUUGGCGCUGCGCCGCGACGUGCGACCGCUCUCUACGCUGCCCAUGUUUAACCCCCGUGGGGGGGGUGCCCUCCCCAGCCGGGGACCGGACGGGGACACCGGCACCACGAGGCUCAUCGGGGCCGAACAGACCCCACCAAGUGAGCGACCUUCCCGACCGCCUCCCUACCAGGGCAGGCCCCACGCGCGUCAGGAGACCAGCUUCACGGACUCCCCGCGGAGCUGAUGACGAGGGCUCAGCGAGGACGUCGCCCACGCACACGGUAACGCGCCCGUCAGGCACCGUGCUCGCUAGGCGUGGUUUCCCUCUAGCAUCACGUCUGUGAUGCCUGUCUUCCAGCUCGUGGCAGGACAUUGAUUUAUGUUUGUGCACUGUUUCAGAUGUCUUCUGUGAAGUGGUUGUUUUUGCUCUAAUCUCAUUUGCUUUAUUGUUGUUGAGUGGUCCAGGUGUCUUGUGACCCCCCAUUAAUUGACCCCUAAUUUGUUUUCCCUUUGCAUAAUCAUUUGCUUUUUUACAUAAACCGUACUUAUAAAAAUAUAACGUUUUAGAGAAAUAAAUGGGGGUUCAUAAAACAUGUGGACCACCCUGUACUGCAGGAAACAUUCAUGAUUUUGGUGACCCAGGUCACUCUUGCAAAUGGCGCAGCCUGGCCUCUUGAGUUCUCACCCCGUUACACAAUAAACUGAAGGCCCAUCCUCCAGCGUUCAAGGCCUGUUUUAGGCUUCUGUGAAGGCCCAUUGGACGAACUCACGGCCGCACGUGUCUGUGUUUCAGCGUCGUUGGAGGUUCGUGUCGCCUUUGGCGUCUGCGGUGCGGAGGUGCUCUUCCUGGGAUGGCCCCCGGGUCUGGCUCUCAUGCCAGCGGCUCCGUGCGGGCACCGAGUGGUAAAACCCACGCUUACAGUUUUACCGAAAAGGCACGCAUGGUAGUUUUGUGCACGUGUUUUUUUCUCCUGAGACAAUAGCGGCCGCUGUGGCCGCGUAAUUGUCCGAAUAAAUCUCGCGGUGUCUGCA